CGUCACGCCUGGUGUUUACUUUUAGCCCUGACUAAUUUAGUCGCACACUUAUUUCUGGAGGAGAGCCCGCCCCAUUUGUCUGAACCGUCAGCGAUACUGAAGCAAGAUCUUUUAAAUCAUCCCUUUAGGUGAUGGAGGUUGGCGCAAGUUCGCUGCUCUAUGAGCUACUGGCAGAGAUUGGCCAGGGCUCCUUCGGCAAGGUGUACAAGGCCAGGGCAGUGGGCGAGGAAGGGCGACUCCUGGCAGUGAAGAAGUUCCACUUCUGCAGCCAGUCCUCGCCAGACAACAACGGCAUCCCUUCCUAUAUUCUCCGUGAGGUUGCCCUGCUGGAUAGGAUGAAGUACUUCCAACAUACCAACGUUGUCAAGUUGUUAGAUGUGACGGCCACGCUGGCGGGCAACGUGCUGGACCUCACUUUGGUGUUGGAGUACAUCGACCAGGACCUGUCCACUUAUUUGUCCAAAGCCCCUCCGUCCGGCCUCAGCCGGGACAACAUCAAGUUGUUGAUGCUGCAGGUGAUGCGGGGCCUGGACUUUCUACAUGUCAAUAUGGUGCUGCACCGCGACCUCAAACCGCCCAACAUCCUGGUCAGCAGCUGCGGCCUGGUCAAGAUCGCUGACUUUGGCAUGUCUCGCUUGUACACCUUUAACACUGCCCUCUCGCCAAAUGUUGUCACCUUGUGGUAUCGAGCUCCGGAAGUACUGCUCAAAUCCUCUUACAUGACAUCUGUGGACGUGUGGAGCGCGGGGUGCAUCUUUGCCGAGCUCUUCUUGCUCAAGCCGCUCUUCAACGGAAUCAGCGAGGCGCAGCAGCUGCAAAUGAUCUUUGAGUUCAUCGGUUUGCCGAGCGAGGACGAAUGGCCCCAGAACAGCCCCGUCUGCUACUCGCUCCACUUUGGACCCAAGAAUCCUAGUCCCCGCCUGCUGUUCUGCAUGGACCCUUAUGGGAGAGACCUCCUUCUGAAAUGUUUGACCUUCGCGCCGAGCAGACGCAUCUCGCCCGCCGCGGCCCUCGCUCACCCCUUCUUCCACCAGCACUGAGGGAAAGUAUUGACUCCAUUCCAUGUUGUUGUGACACAUUUACAAAAGUAUGAUGAGCGCCUUUACAUUUGUAGGACACUUUUUGUUUUUGCUUUGAUCAAACCUAUCUGUAAAAAGGCAGCGCCUUCUUUAUGUUGUUCAAAUCUUAACGCGUUCCGACCCUGAUCACUGUCACCGCAGGUUUUUGUAUUUGCCUUUCCAACCGUUACUAAUCACUGCCUUUUGAUGACUUGUCACCUUCAAGCAGAUAAACGUUGAUUAAAGGAAAUCUUUCUUGCCAACAUUCCAAUAUGGCCCAAGCGUCUUAAUAACACCGAUCAAGAAUGACUGAGGAAGUGCACGUUUGCAAAAGUGACAGAGAACAAAAUUGGUGCUAGGCAGGCAGGCAGGCACAAACUAUUAUUAGGCCAAAUUUCCCCACCCGGGCGCCAUUUCACGUCACCAUGGAAACGUUUGUGUUGAUUGCUUUCGUAUACAGUAAGAAAGAAAGCAGGCAUCUUUCAUUCACCAAAUAAGAAGAUUGAUUCGACGAUCGACUCGCAUCACCUUUCGUUAAAAAAAUGCUUUCGACUUUUUGAUAUGAACAUUUCAGUUAGCCGUCAGUUGCCACUUUUUGA